CUGGCCCCGAUGGUGGAGAAAGUGAAUCCAUUCAAAAGAUCAUUGCUUCUGCAGGAAUUAUUUGUGAACAUUCAUUGCAAGUUGAGUGCAGAGCUAAAGAAUAUCCAUUGCUUCCAUUGUCAGAGUUAGGUCAAGAUGUGAUUUGCAACUCUGAUGUCGGACUGAUCUGCCUCAACAAAAACCAAGGUGUCCAGCAACAAUGCUUAGAUUAUGAAAUUAUUGUGCAAUGUUGUGUUCCGUGUGGAAGUACAACUACACCAACAACUACAACCACCCCUACAACAACCAGCACUUCCACUACUACAACCUCCACAACUACCACAACAACCCCAACAACUACAUUAGUAACAACUACUCCUCAGUCAACCACAACCUCCACCAGCACACCUUUUCCCAUCAUUACAGGACCAACACCUACAUCUCCCCAUGCUGCCUCACAAAUCAGCACUCCUUGUGUCUGCUGGUUUAAUGGAACUCAAAUUAAACCUGGCAUGCCGCUCUACAAUGUGACAGAUUACGAUGGGUGGUGUUUUAGUGCUUUUUGUACUGAAACAUGUGGAAUUGUAAAGCAUUUUGCACCUUGUAGCACUGCUGUCACAUCCAGUCCAACGUCACCCACUACAGUGCCUAAGCUUAAUUGUCUCAAUACAUACCCACCCCGAAAGAAUGGUGAAUCAUGGCGUAGUGGUAACUGCAGCACGAAUACUUGUGUCAAUGGCUCUAUAAUUGUGACCAAAACGCAAUGUAAACCUACAAAGACACCUGUGUGCGUCAAUGGUUAUAGUCCAGUUAAAGUCUAUGAUGAUUCUGGAUGUUGCUUUCAGGAGGAAUGCAGAUGUCUCUGCUCUGGGUGGGGUGACCCUCAUUACAUCACUUUUGAUGGUACAUACUACCCCUUCCAAGGAAACUGUUCAUAUGUACUAGUCAAAGAGAUUUACCCAAAAUACAACUUCAGUGUUAUCAUUCAAAACUACUAUUGUGAUGCCCCAGACCAUCUCUCCUGUCCCCAGUCUCUUACUGUGUAUUACAAAUCUUACGAGAUUAUGAUGACACAAAAGGACAUCAAUGGAAUUUUCAAAAAUCUGGUCUAUAUCAACAACAAGCAAAUCUUCCCAGCUUAUAAGAACAGUGACUUCAGCAUCACAGAUAAUGGAAUUGACACCUUGUUGUACAUACCAGACAUCAACGCAUGGGUCUCCUUCAGAGGCCUCAUGUUUAGCAUUGAUCUUCCAUACUCCAAAUUCUUUAACAACACAGAGGGACAGUGUGGGACAUGCGACAACAACCGGACCGACGACUGCCUCCUGCCGAAUGGCACGGUCAUUUCCUCUUGCCCCAAAAUGGCAAACCACUGGAAAGUCCAUGAUAACGAGACGUGCCCCCCACCAGUGAACCCCACACCCCCGCCACACCCACCGGUCUGUAAUCGGACCAUCUGCGAACUGCUGAAAUCCAAAGUCUUUGAAAAAUGCCACAAGGUCAUCCCGUAUGAGCCAUAUUAUGAGGGCUGUUCGUUCGACGUGUGUCACAUGCCGGUGCCCAUUGGCUGCAGCACGUUGCAGAUGUAUGCAUCGCUGUGCGCAGCUGCGGGAAUCUGCGUGGAUUGGAGGAACCAAACCCAUGGAGUAUGCGCCUACAAAUGCCAGGCUCCCAAAGUCUAUGAGCCGUGUGGCCCCCUGGUGGAACCAACCUGCAAUCUCAGGUACAACAAGAUGUUCUUUUCAUCCAAAAACGAGUACAGCAUUAUAAGAAAUAUGUUUGGUGAGGGGUGCUAUUGCCCUCCUGGUUCAACACUUAUGAGCCCCAAGUCUGACGUCUGCAUGAAGAGCUGCGACGUUUGCAUGUUACCCAAUGGACAAUGGAAGGAGGCUGGUUCAGUCUGGACCAUCGGUUGUGACACGUGCGAGUGUCUCAAUAACACUCUGACCAUCGACUGUGAGCCGAUGGAGUGCCCGUACCAGCCCCCGCUACACUGCAACCAGGAGGGCCAGGUGCUGGUCACCGAAGAAGUCGACUGCUGUCCCAAAGCAAAAUGCGCAUGUAACUCGAGCCUCUGUUCACCGAAAAACUUCACGUGUGACGUUGGAUUCACAAAAGAGAUAAUCAUGGGACCCUGUUGCCCUAUUUACUUUUGUGUACCAAUGGGAGUCUGCGUCUUCAAUAACACACCAUACCAGCCUGGGGACAGUGUGCCCGAGGGCCCGUGUGUGGACUGCGUCUGUGGCGCCAGUACAGUGGAUCCCAACACCAAGCUGCAUGUCAUCGAAUGUACGCCAAAAGUCUGUGAUCUCCACUGUUCUGAGGGUUAUGAGUACCAAGAUGUGGCAGGCCAGUGCUGUGGAAGGUGUGUUCAGGCCAGCUGCAUCGUCCAUUUGCCAAGUCAAACUGUGCACAUUGUUCAGCCUGGCACGGUCUGGGCAGCCCCCAACGAUCCCUGCAUAAAAUAUGAGUGUGCAAAGAUUGGCAACCAGUUCAUCACCACGGAAUACAUAAAGAUCUGCCCUUUCUUCAACCCCGCCAGCUGCAUUCCUGGUACGGUGAAAACAGGUGCAGAUGGAUGCUGCCCCACCUGUGUCCAAAAAUGCAAUGUCACAACGAACUCUACAUACCUGGUCAGUAAUGGCUGCCGAUCCAGUAACCAAGUGAUCCUGACUACAUGCAAAGGCUCCUGUGACACCUCCUCCGUGUACUCACUGCAAUCCAGAACCAUGGAAUACACAUGUUCCUGCUGUCAAGAAAUCACAACCACUGAGAAGCAGGUGGAGAUGACCUGCCCCGACGGGAGCACGUUCACCUACACCUACCUCAACAUCGAGCAGUGUGGCUGUGUCCAGAACGAGUGUCCCGCCAAGGCAGCGGGGUCCAGCUCCAUCCUGAAGAAACCCUGAAGACCAGGACUGAAGAUCACUGACGACGAUACUGUGUUUGUUUGAAUUUGUUCUCUAUUUAUGUUUUUUUGAUAAAUGCUUGAUUAAUAAUAUGAAUGUUAAGCUGUUCUUCUCUUUAACAUAAACCUAUCAACCAUUAACGAUUACACUUUCUGUUCCUAUCCCCUUGGCUUUGUAUCUUUUCAUUUUUAAAAUAUCAAUUCAUGAAUAAACUAUAAGUGCAUAUAUGAAA